CUCAGUUAGCCACUCUUAUCUUUCAUCAUCUCUCUCUCCACUCAGUAGAAGUGGAGACGAGUUUGUGAAGCAACUCAGUUUCAUCUCCUUCUUAUUAAAGUUUUGCUUCUUCAGUAAAGGCUUCGAGAGGAUAGAAGAUCGUGUCCUGAUCGUGUCACGCUACGAUCACCAAUAUUUAUGGAUAGAAUGUGCGGUUUCCGUUCGGCUGGCGAUUAUCCGGACAAGUCAUCACUGAUGAUGUCUUCUACGGAGAGUCUUAUGUCCUUGUCCGAAUACCAGAACUUGAUUUAUUCAUCCACCGGAGAAAACCACGUGUUUGGAUCCAACGAGCUUUACUCAGCAGCAGCUUCUGCUUUGUCCUCGGAGGCCGUUUCAAUCACGCAGCGUAUUAGAAGAGCUGAUCAAGAUAACUGUCUCAUCAAGUCAAAGAUCGCUUCUCAUCCUUUGUAUCCUCGCUUGCUUCAAACCUACAUCGAUUGUCAGAAGGUGGGAGCUCCUGUGGAGAUAGCGUGUGUAUUGGAAGAGAUUCAGCGAGAGAACGAUGUGUACAAGAGAGAUGAUACUCCUUUAUCUUGCUUUGGAGCUGAUCCUGAGCUUGACGAGUUCAUGGAAACUUAUUGUGAUAUUUUGGUUAAGUACAAAUCCGAUCUCGCCAGACCGUUCGAUGAGGCUACGACUUUCCUGAACAAGAUCGAAACGCAACUACAGGACCUGUGCACUGGUCCCGCUUCUGCUAGAGGCCAUUCAGAUGAUGGUGCGGUUUCAUCAGACGAGGAGCUGAGAGAGGGUGACGACAUAGCGACGCAGGACAGCCAACAAAGAAGCAAUGACCGAGAACUCAAGGACCAGCUGCUGCGUAAAUUCGGUAGCCACAUCAGUUCAUUGAAACUCGAGUUCUCUAAGAAGAAGAAGAAAGGGAAGCUACCAAGAGAAGCAAGACAAGCAUUGCUAGAUUGGUGGAAUGUUCAUAAUAAAUGGCCUUACCCAACUGAAGCUGACAAAAUAGCUCUGGCUGAAGAAACGGGUUUGGAUCAAAAGCAAAUCAACAACUGGUUUAUAAACCAAAGGAAACGUCAUUGGAAGCCUUCGGAGAACAUGCCGUUCGCUAUGAUAGACGACUCUAGCGAAACAUUCUUUACCGAGGAAUGAAACGUAACAGAAGCUUGUGCAUUAUUGACAUCAUGCGUUGUAUAAUUUUAUAUUACAUUGUUUUGCCAAGAAAAAAAAAUAAGCUAAAAGCUUUGGUAAAUGGAGAUUGGAGUGUCAUCACGUAUGAAUUAAACUCUUAGGCCAAAGGACGAGGGGCGUAACGUUCCUUUGCAUUAGAAAAUAGUGGGAAUGUUAUUUAUGUCACAUAUCUACCACUGGUCUAAAAUGAUGGCCUACUUAUUUGUGUUAAAACCUUAAGAGAAUCAUCAUGUGUCGACUAAUAGUUUUUUCUCAUCUGGUUCUCUAGUUCAUGUAAAU